AUGGAAGAAGAGGCGGUUUGUUUGGGCCAAUUAACAGAUGGGGGAGUGGAAACUGACGACUUCCCAAGAACUGAAUUGAAGAGAGACCAUCAGUGUGUCGUAGAUGAUACCGAGCCAGACUCAUUUCCAAACAAGAAGCAAGCCAAAGAGCAUUCCAAUGAGGAUAUACGCUCAGAAGUUUCAAACCCGGUUGUCUCUCCAAAAGAGAACGCCUCCACUUUUCAGGACAUAACUAGCCAACCGGCUGAAGCGGAAAAUAGUAACCAAGUUGAGUGCGGUGAAGUCACUUCCCCUUGUCUGGGAAAUUCAAGCUCAGGGGAGACCUUGAGCGAUGGACAGCGUGCUGAGAAUGAUAAUUCUCAAAUUGAUAACGAUACGAAUGGUGAUGUAUUGACUUCUCGCGUUGUAGUUGAAAUUCCUAAGCUUGCCACUUCAUCUGGGAUUCGCAAAAUUACGUUUAAGUUCAGCAAAAAAAGAGAGGAUUAUGACAGUCAGUCAGUGGCUUCUGUUAGUCAGACUCUGAGUAAUGGACUUGGUAGUGGCUUUCCACAUGGAGGUUCUUAUGAGGAGCCUGGAACAGACUUUCAAGCAAUGGCUAGUACAAGUAGGGAGUUUCCUGCAAGUUCAUAUUCGAGGAAGUAUGCUGAAACCGGAAACUGUCAUCCAUGUACUCCUAAUAGGGAAUUGGAAGCGUCUAACAAGGUUUCGAGCAGCUAUCCUACAAAUGUCAAAAAGCUAUUAUCUACUGGUAUUCUUGAUGGAGCUAGAGUGAAAUAUGUUUCCACCACAUCAGAGAUAGCGCUGCAUGGAAUUAUAAGUAAUGGUGGCUAUUUGUGCGCCUGCUCAUCAUGCAAUUUCAGCAAGGUACUCAGUGCAUAUGAGUUUGAGCAGCAUGCUGGUGUCAAGACUCGCCAUCCUAAUAAUCAUAUAUACUUGGAGAAUGGGAGGCCAGUUUAUAGUAUCAUACAAGAAUUGAAGACUGCUCCACUAGACUCGCUGGAUGAAGUGAUAAGGGGUGUUGCCGGUUCUUCUGUCAAUGAAGAGUCCUUCUGUGUUUGGAAAGCAACUCUUCAUCGAAGUGAUGGAAUGGCUGAAGUAGAUAAAAGACCUUGUGUGAAGCUUCCUAAACUGCCUAAUUCGCUUCCUAAACUGCCUCAUUCGCUUCCUAAACUGCCUCAUUCUCUUCCUAGGCCGACUCAUUCUCUUCCCAGACCAAGCUCCCACACUCCUUACUCAGUUAUGUACCAGAAGAAACCUGCUGAAGGUGGCAAUAAGAGAAGGGAUAAUGAUCUUCACCGAUUACUGUUUAUGCCAAAUGGGCUUCCAGAUGGAGCUAAAUUGGCAUACUAUGUCAAAGGCCAGAGAUUGCUUGGUGGCUAUAAGCAAGGAAAUGGUAUAGUCUGUAAUUGCUGUGACAGAGAGAUAAGCCCUUCACAGUUUGAAGCUCAUGCUGGAAUGGCUGCAAGGCGUCAACCCUACCGUCACAUCUAUAUUUCCAAUGGAUUGACGCUUCACGAUAUAGCCAUGUCCUUGGCCAAUGGGCAAAACCUCACCAUUGGUGGCAGUGAUGGAAAUGAUGAUAUGUGUGCAGUUUGUGGACAUGAUAUGGGGGAUAUGAUUUUUUGUGAUGGCUGCCCUCGUGCUUAUCAUUCAGCUUGUUUGGAUUUACCGUGGGUUCCUGAAGGUGAUUGGCAUUGUCCAAAUUGUAGAGAUAAAUUUGAACCUGGUAGGAAAGCUGCUGCUGGGGAAUCUUCAAAUUUUGGAAAACCAAUUGUAAUACGGUUGACAAGGGUCUUUAAAGCCCCUGAAUUUGAAAUUGGUGGUUGUGUUGUUUGCAGGAGCCAUGAUUUCAGUGCGGCUUUAUUUGAUGACCGAACAGUUAUAAUCUGUGACCAAUGCGAGAAGGAGUUCCAUGUCGGUUGCUUACGGAACAGUGGAUUAUGUGACUUAAAAGAACUCCCCAAGGAUAAGUGGUUUUGUUGUGAUGACUGUAAUAAUAUUCAUGCAGCAUUGCAGAAUUUAGUAUAUAAUGGAGCGGAGCGGAUUCCAGCUCCAUUGUCAGAUACAAUAAUCAGGAAGCAUGCAGAUAGAGGUAUAUUUAUUGAUGGAGUGACAGAUGAUGUUCAAUGGCGAGUUUUCAGUGGUAAAAGUCGCUACCCAGAACAUCUACCCUUUCUUUCAAGGGCUGCUGCAAUUUUUCGGGAGUGCUUUGACCCUAUUGUUGCACAAUCUGGUCGUGAUUUGAUCCCUGUUAUGGUAUAUGGGAGAAAUAUAUCAGGCCAAGAGUUUGGAGGCAUGUAUUGUGUAGUUUUAAUAGUAAGGUCUGUUGUUGUAUCUGCUGGUCUCCUUAGGGUUUUUGGUCAGGAGGUUGCUGAGCUUCCUAUUGUUGCUACAAGUAGAGAACAUCAAGGAAAAGGUUAUUUCCAAGCUUUAUUUUCGUGUAUAGAGAGGUUACUUAUUUCCCUGAAAGUGGAAAAGCUGGUUCUCCCUGCGGCUGAGGAAGCUGAGUCAAUCUGGACGAAGAAAUUGGGCUUUAGAAAGAUGAGAGACGAGCAAUUAUCAAAAUACUUGAAGGAAGUCCAGCUGACAAUUUUCAGGGGGACGUCAAUGCUGGAAAAGGUGGUGAAGUUGAUGGAUUGA